ACAAAGUUUCUUGGGUGCACAUUCGUAUGACUUUCCUCACGGUGGAAGCUGAAAUUGGCUCAAAGGCGAACGCGUUUCGUCGAGGAACACCGUCCAUUCCUUUUGAUGGCAACGAUACGGGAGACAAUUACCCUGCACUCCUGAUGCUCCUCUGGAUCCAUGCUUGAUGUAUCUAGUGUAUCUCUCUACCUGUGCUUUUGUUCCUGGUGAAAUAAGGAGAGAGAUCUCUGCAAUUUGGGCAUACACAGCUCCGGUGGUUUGGCUCUGUUAGGAGGAUUCUGCUGUUCUGGAUCGACACCAAAUCUAUCUGGUUGAUAAUCAAGACGACAGGAUGCCGCGAGUUGAAGAUAUAGCCUGGAAAUUCGUGAUUAGACUGGAGCGCAAGAAAUGGCGUUGUCCUUACUGCGAGGCUGAAUACUCUGGACAGGUUACAAGAGUGAAAAGUCACUUCCUGAAGAUUCCAAACAGAGGGAUUUCCUUUUGCACAAAAGUGCCAGAGCACAUAAUCAAGCUAAUGCAGCAGUUGCUCGACCAGGUGGCUUUUGUUGGUAACAAAGACGAUAUGGCCUGGAAAUUCGUCGAUAGACUGGGGGACAACAAAUGGCGUUGUCAUUACUGCAGCGAAGAAUUCAUUGGGGACCUUACAGGAGUGAAAUGUCACUUGCUUAAAGUCCCAAAUGAAGGGAUUUCCAUCUGCGCAGUAGUGCCAGACCCCGUAAGAACGCUAAUGCGGUCGUUACUCGAUGAGGUGGCUGAUGAAGAAGAGAGCAGAGAAGCCAACGGUCAAACCUCCACGGAACCACAAUCACGUGACAUGACGACUCAAGCUGAGGUGGUGGCUGAUGAAGAAGAGAGCAGAGAAGCCAACGUUCAAUUCUCCACGGAACCACAAACACGUGACAUGCCCACUCAAGCUGAGGUGGUGGCUGAAGAAGAAGAGAGCAGAGAAGCCAACGUUCAAGUUUCCACGGAACCACUGGAGCCUUUCUCCUUUGAAGAACUCCUUCGAAAUUUGGACAAAUAUAUGGAACAGUUAAAUACACCGACCGACAUUGGAUUAAACUCUGACCAACAAUCACAGGUGGCGUGUCAGUCACGUGACAUGCAGCCUCCAGCUCUUCGUUAUGCACCAACAAGCUCAGAAUUAGUGGAACAGUCACUCCCAGCACCAGAAGGGGUGACCGACAUGGAAAACUUCACCUCUAACCAAGAGCGUCAACUUCAUCAGAGCAUCACAAUGCUGUCACUGGUACAAAACAGCCAUGGUGAAAGCAUAUCAUGUUCAGAGGAAGGAGAACCAUAUCUUCGUGAUUCGCCUUAUCCUGAGGAAACGCAAACGAAUGACCAGCAUACUCUACCAGGGGCAUCAUUGUUCCAUGAUGAUCAAUUACCUGCUGUAGGUAAUUCAAAUUGCUUGCAGGAUUGCAAUCAGCACUCUCAACUGCAAACUCCAAUGGACAUAGAUCCCUCAAUUGCAUCACAGCAUACAAGUGACUCUCACAUUAUUGAGGCAACAAUUGUUGAUUCGCAAGUUCGAGAGGCGGCAACAAAUGCAAUAGGCCCAUCAUCAACACAAGCUUCGGUGCACCCUCAACAUCAAAGUUUUGCACAUCAAUCCAUUAAUCUCAGGACAGCGCAUGUGGAUCCAUGCAUCCCAUCAUCAUCGCAAGCUCCAAAUAAUGCUCUUCCAACUCCUCAGAUUCCACCUUGUGGAACAGGCCUGGUAGGCCAAUCGUCAUUACCAGGUGAAACCAUUUCAUGUUCAACGAUGGCUUUAGCGGAACUACAAUCGUGUCUUCUUAUUUCGCCAAAUCAGCCACAGUGUUCCAUUCGAUCUCCGUAUCCUGAGGAGACGCUAAUGAAUGACCAGCAGACUCCGGCAGGGGCAUCAUCAUUCCAGCAUGAUGAAUUACCUGCUGUAGGUAAUUCAAAUUGCUUGCAGGAUUGCAAUCAGCACUCUCAAUUGCAAACUCCAAUGGACAUAGAUCCCUCAAUUGGAUCACAGCAUACAAGUGACUCUCACAUUAUUGAGGCAACAAUCGUUGAUGUGCAAGUUCCAGAGGUGGCAACAAAUGCAGCAGGCCCAUCAUCAUCACACGAUAUGAACAGGGGUUCUCCAAUCAUGAACGUACGGAGCAUCUAUGCCAACGAUGAAGAGAUAAGAAACCUGAAAAGAAAAGUGGAAGAACUCGACUACAAAGAAGCGGACAUAAAUGAUCAGAUGGAGAUAGAGUCUGCUGCUUCCUCAGUUCCGAAGAAGCCGAGGAGAUUGGUUGGGAAAUGGCUGAAAGAGACGGAAAGAGCAAGAAAUGCUUUCCAGAUAAUUGGCCAAACCAAUGCGGAAACUUUGCCACCAAAGGAACAGGUGGAGACAUUGACGAGAGAAGUGGAAGAGCUCACAGAACAAACGCUUCCGCAGCCACUGCUCAUAGAGAUGAGAGAUGCCAAAGGAGACGCAUUUUUGGAACGAAAGCUAAUAGGUGAAGAGAUUCAUAGGAACAUUGAGUUGAUUUGGGACCGUCUGAAGGAGAAUCAUGUAUGCAAAUUGGGUAUUUAUGGAAUGGGUGGUGUUGGGAAGACAACUAUUAUGAUGCACAUACAUAAUAGACUUCUCAAAGAUGCAACAUUCGAUGGUGUGCUUUUUAUCACAGUGUCCCAAGAUUUCAGUGUUUAUAAGUUGCAGAGUGAUAUUUGGAAGGCACUAAAAUUUGGCAUUAUGGAGGAUGAGCAUGAGAAGAAACGAGCAGCGAUGUUGUCGAAGCAUUUAGAAAGGAAGAAUAAUUGUGUAUUGAUUCUUGAUGAUGUGUGGCGGCAUUUUAAACUCCAGGAUGUGGGAAUUCCUGAUAGAGCUGGACUUAAGGUGGUCCUAACAACUCGUUUCUCUGAAGUAUGUUCUCGAAUGGAUUGUGAAGAGAUUAAAAUUCAACCUUUAGGUGAAGAAGAAGCGUGGAAAUUAUUCGUGGAGGAACUUGGGCCUAAACCGCUAACCGAUAUACGAGUUGAAAAGGUUGCAAGGAAAAUCACGAAUAGAUGCGCAGGCUUGCCACUUGCAAUUGACACAAUGGCAAGUAGCUUGAGAGGAGAGAAGAAUUUUUGCGUGUGGCAAGACACAUUAAAUAAACUGGACAAAUCCCAUACAAAACACACAGAGAUGGGAGAUAGAGUCUUGCCUGUACUAACACUCAGCUAUGAACGCUUGUCAGACCCUCAAGUUAAACAGUGCUUCUUAUUCUGUGCGCUAUUUCCAGAAGAUGAAAGGAUUGAACAAGUGGAAUUGAUAGAAUAUUUUAUUGACGAGGGAUUCCUUGAUGAAUUGGAUACAAGGGACGCACAAUAUUACAGGGGUCUUGCCAUAGUGGACAUGCUUCGAAAAGCUUGCUUGCUGGAAGUUAAUAAUUAUGAUGUCAUCAGGAUGCAUGAUUUGAUCAGAGAAAUGGCAUUACACAUCAGGGGUACAGCUUAUAUGGUAAAUGCGGGUUGGGAUUUGCGAAGGAUACCGAAUGGGGAGUAUUGGACAGAAGACUUGGAGAAAGUUUCUUUGAUGGGGGGUGACAUCGAGGACAUUCCACCAGAUAUGUCACCAAACUGUCCUAAACUGUCAACUUUGCUAUUAAAUUGGAGUCUUCGAUCGGAAAACGUACGGCUCAAUGAUUCUUUCUUCAUGAAAUUGCAGGGGCUGAAGGUUCUAAACCUAAGUGGAUGUGAAAUAAGAGCACUUCCAGAUUCCUUGUCCGAAUUGGUAAAUUUGAGAGCAUUAUUGCUUAGAGAUUGUAGAUUCUUACUUUGUAUUCCUCAUUUAAGAAAGCUGAAAUUUUUAAGGAAGUUGGACGCCAGGGGAUGUUGGUCUCUGGUAGAGGUACAGGGUUUGGAAGAGUUGACGAAUUUGAGAUACCUCGACUUAUGUGAGACUGGAAUUGAAAGAUUAUUGGAAGGAACAUUGAGGAGAAUGGUGAACUUGCAAUAUCUUACGAUUGCAGGAACGGUGGAGGCAGAAGAGGUGAUACAAUUGAAGGCAUUGGAGCGUUUAAAGUGCUAUUUUGGCAAUGUUGAUGAUUUCAAUAAAUAUGUGAGGUUUGUAGAACGAAGCAACCCCCAUCGCGACAGUCUCAGUCUCAGUGUGUAUGAAGAAGAGUCAUUGUUGUCUGUAAAUACACGUGUGUAUUCUAAUCCUCGAAAGUCAUUGUGGAUCCUCCAGGAAAGUCAAUAUAAAAGUUACCGAAAUCACAUGGAAAUGAGCUCUUACAAUUGCGCUAUGGCGAGAGUAGGAAAGGAAAGCAAUAACGAUUCUAUAUUGAUUCCGGGAGAUGUGGAGUAUUUUAUGGGGAGUAAUUGCCAUGGUAUGACAAAUUUGUCCGGCGUGGGCCUACUCCGAUGCCUGAAGGAGCUUCAAAUAUUUGAAUGGGACGAUUUAGUGGUGCUCGUUGGGGGAGAUGGAGUAGAUGAAGUAGUAUGCAACACUCGUGACUCCCCAGCCUCUCUCUUCCCUUCUCUUGAGAAGCUUCAAAUUGAGGGGUGUUCGAAACUGAAGUAUUUGUUUGGGCAUGAGUCUGGAUUCUCCCUUUCACUUGGAGGCCCCGCCUUCCCCAGACUCGAAAUUACCAGUGUAACGAACUGUGGUAGCAUGAAGACACUGGUGGGAUCUGAGUGGUUUCCCCACUUUCCCAAUCUGAGGUCGAUUAGAGUAGAAAAUUGUAAUAGCAUCAGGGAGCUGCUAUGGCAUGAAAGUUUGCUCCAUCUUCCAAAUCUCGCACAUAUUAUGGUUGUUGGCUGUGAAGGGAUAGAGGAGAUAACCAGCAGAAGAGGAGAAAAUCACGAGGGAAGCCCCCCUCUAAACACUCCAUCCUCUUCCUUACCAUCUCCAUUUUCUCCUUACUUUCGCAAUUUGAGGACAAUUGAAGUAGAAAAUUGCAAUAACAUCAUGGAGCUGCUACCGCAUUACCGCAUGAAUGUUUUCUCCAUCUUCCAAAUCUUGAACAUAUCAAGGUUAGUAACUGUGAAAGGAUAGAUGAGAUAAUCAGCGGAGGAGGAGAAACUCACGGGGAAAGCGCUCCUCUGAACGGCCUCUCCUCUUCCUCACCAUCUCCAUUUUGUCCCCGCUUUCCCAAUCUGAGGACGAUUGAAGUAGAAAAUUGCAAUAACAUCAGGGAGCUGCUACCGCAUGAAUAUUUGUUCCAUCUUCCAAAUCUCGAACAUAGAAAGGUUCGUGACUGUGAAGGGACAGAGGAAAUGAUCAGCGGAGGAGGAGAAAAUCACG